AUGAAUAAUAUAUUAUUGAAACAAUCAAACAGUACAAAUGUUAAACAGCUAACUACUUUUAUAUCUAAUAUAAACCGUCAGCAUCAACUUUAUCUUUCAUCACUCUCAAUUAGACAACGACAGACAUCAAACAACCAUUGUUGUUUAAACUCAACCUAUUUAACAAAUAUCAAUAAUAACAGUAGUAGUAGUAACAAUAACAAUCUAAAUUAUAAUGUCAAAGACUAUUCUAUUUUAAGUAAGAUUAAGAAUUUAAUCGUUCAAACUGAUCCUUUCGAUACGAUUAGAUCAAAGUUUAAAGAGAAUGAAACAGAGAAAGCCAAUAGAUUGUAUGUCUUAAUAUUUAACAACCUAUAA